UUCUUUUUCUUUCUUACGGGAUUCCCUACCCGGUAAAUUCAACUCCGAAAAGACUUCCGUUUCCGGUGGCCGCGUUGCCGCGGUAACGAGUCCUUGCAGAAAGCUUGGCUAUGAUGGCGGGGCUGAGCAGCUCGCAGAUUCCGGAUGGGGAGUUCACGGCGGUCGUGUACCGGCUCAUCCGGGAUGCCCGGUACGCCGAGGCCGUGCAGCUGCUGGGCGGAGAGCUGCAGCGCUGCCCCAAGAGCCGCGCCGGCCUCUCCCUGCUGGGCUACUGCUACUACCGCCUGCAGGAGUUCGCGCUGGCGGCCGAGUGCUAUGAGCAGCUCAGCCAGCUGCACCCAGAGCUCGAGCAGUACCGCCUGUACCAGGCCCAGGCCCUGUACAAGGCCUGCCUGUUCCCAGAGGCCACCCGGGUCGCCUUCCUCCUGCUGGACAACCCCACCUACCACAACCGGGUGCUCCGGCUGCAAGCUGCCAUCAAGUACAGCGAGGGCGACCUGCCUGGGGCCAGGAGCCUGGUGGAGCAGCUGCUCAGUGGUGAGGGUGGAGAAGACGGGGGCGGAGAGAAUGAUCCCGAUGGCCAGGUCAACCUGGGCUGUUUGCUCUACAAGGAGGGACAGUACGAAGCUGCGUGUUCCAAGUUCUUUGCUGCCCUGCAGGCCUCGGGCUAUCGGCCUGACCUUUCCUACAACCUGGCUUUGGCUUAUUACAGCAGCCGGCAGUAUGCCUCAGCCCUAAAACAUAUCGCCGACAUUAUUGAGCAUGGCAUCCGCCAGCACCCAGAGCUAGGUGUGGGCAUGACCACUGAGGGCAUUGAUGUUCGCAGUGUUGGAAACACGUUAGUCCUGCACCAGACUGCCCUGGUGGAGGCCUUCAACCUCAAGGCAGCCAUUGAAUACCAGCUGAGAAACUAUGAGGCAGCUCAGGAAGCCCUCACCGACAUGCCCCCCAGGUCAGAGGAAGAGUUGGACCCCGUGACCUUGCACAACCAGGCACUAAUGAACAUGGACGCCAAGCCCACAGAAGGCUUUGAGAAGCUCCAGUUUUUGCUUCAACAGAACCCCUUCCCACCAGAGACUUUCGGCAACCUGCUGCUGCUCUACUGUAAAUACGAGUAUUUUGACUUGGCUGCAGAUGUCCUGGCAGAAAAUGCCCAUCUGACCUACAAGUUCCUCACACCCUAUCUCUUUGACUUUUUAGAUGCCAUGAUCACUUGCCAGACAGCUCCCGAUGAAGCCUUCAUUAAGCUGGAUGGGCUGGCAGGGAUGCUGACAGAGCAGCUCCGGAAACUCACCAUACAAGUACAGGAAGCAAGACACAGCAGAGAUGAUGAAGGAAUCAAAAAGGCAGUGAAUGAGUACGAUGACACCCUGGAGAAGUACAUCCCCGUGCUGAUGGCUCAGGCAAAAAUCUACUGGAACCUUGAGAAUUACUCGAUGGUGGAGAAGAUCUUCCGCAAAUCUGUGGAGUUCUGUAACGACCACGAUGUGUGGAAGCUGAACGUCGCUCAUGUUCUGUUCAUGCAGGAAAACAAGUACAAAGAAGCCAUCGGGUUUUAUGAGCCCAUAGUCAAGAAGCAUUACGAUAACAUCCUCAGUGUCAGUGCUGUUGUAUUAGCUAACCUGUGUGUUUCCUACAUUAUGACAAGUCAAAAUGAGGAGGCUGAAGAGCUGAUGAGGAAGAUUGAGAAAGAGGAAGAGCAGCUCUCCUAUGACGACCCAGAUAAGAAAACCUAUCAUCUGUGCAUUGUGAAUCUGGUGAUAGGAACACUCUAUUGUGCCAAAGGAAAUUAUGAUUUUGGCAUUUCUCGAGUGAUCAAAAGCUUGGAACCUUAUAAUAAAAAACUGGGCACUGAUACCUGGUACUAUGCUAAGAGAUGUUUCUUGUCUUUGUUAGAAAACAUGUCAAAACACACAAUCAUGCUACGUGACAGUGUCAUUCAAGAAUGUGUUCAGUUUCUAGAAAACUGUGAACUUUACGGCAGAAACAUACCUGCUGUUAUAGAACAACCCCUGGAAGAAGAAAGGAUGCAUAUUGGAAAGAAUACAGUCACAUAUGAAUCCAGGCAGCUAAGAGCUUUGAUUUAUGAGAUCAUAGGCUGGAAUACUUAGUAAUGGUUGAUAAUGGCUUUUAUUAUGGUUCUGGUUUGUAAAUCUUGCACUGUAUUAUUUGUACUUAGCUUUUGGCAUCCUUAUACUUGUUAUAUGUUGCAUUUUGUACUCAUUAGCAUUAUAACAAAAAUGUUAGAUAAAGGUUUGAGUUUUAAGUAUAGAACGCAUUGAAAUAUUGUACAAGUUUUUCUCCAGCUGCAGCUAUGAAAUAUUCAAAACUGAUAAAGAAUGUUGUUUCUAAUAGUA